AAGGGGCCACGCCUCUUUGCGUUUCCGCCCCGGGCGGACCGAGUAUUCUAUUCCGCCACUCCGCCCGCCCCCUCGGCGAUCUCAAGAGCUUCCAAUCGGCUCCCAACCCAACCCCAGCACCAAAACUUUGGCCUUUCUCCCCUUCGAUAUCCCCGAUAAAACCUCCAUCUCCCCCCUCCCCCGUCCCCAUCCCCGCCCCUCCUAUCGCCACUUCGCCAGCCAGCUCGCCCGCCUAGUCUUCUCCGAAGGAAGGAAGGAAGGAAGGAAGCGGCCGCACGCUCAUGGCCCUCUCCUGCAUGAGGUGCCCGGCGGCGGCGGCCGGCGGCGGCGGCCCCCUCGCGCGCCGCCCGCAGCCGCCGCCCUCCUCGUCCCUCGCCUUCUCCUUCGCCAGAUGCGGAGCCGCCAAGGGGUGGCGCAUCCACGCCGUCGCCGGGAAAGGAGUGAAAGCUCCCAUGGAUGCUGUGGAGAACGCUGUCGCCCCCGCCGCCCCGUCAACGGUGGCAAAUGGCACUUCUUCAGCAAUCACCGUCGAGGAAUUUGAAGAUUUAGCCUCUCUAGUGAAGGAUGAUGAGGCGUCGGUUAGCAUCACCGUAGUUGGAGCGUCUGGUGACCUUGCGAAGAAGAAGAUAUUUCCUGCCCUUUUCGCUCUUUACUAUGAAGGUUGUCUUCCCAAGCAUUUCUCCAUCUUUGGCUAUGCGCGGAGUAAAAUGACAGAUGCUGAACUGAGAGACAUGGUCAGCAAAACACUGACUUGCAGGAUUGAUAAAAGGGAGAACUGUAGUGAGAAAAUGGAAGAGUUUCUGAAACGAUGCUUCUACCACUCAGGUCAAUAUGACUCAGAGGAAGAUUUCAGGGAGCUAGGCAAGAAGAUCAAACAACAUGAGGGUCCCAGAGUAUCUAACCAUCUUUUCUACUUGUCGAUACCUCCAAAUAUAUUCCUGGAUGUUGUAAAAUGUGCAAGCAAAUCAGCAUCAUCUGUGAGUGGCUGGACAAGGGUAAUUGUUGAAAAACCCUUUGGCCGGGACUCAGAGUCUUCUGCUGCCCUAACGAAAGGUCUGAAGCAGUACCUGACAGAGGACCAAAUCUUCAGGAUUGACCAUUACUUGGGAAAGGAACUGGUGGAGAACUUGUCUGUCCUUCGCUUCUCGAAUCUUGUUUUUGAGCCUCUGUGGUCAAGGCAAUAUAUUAGGAAUGUGCAACUGAUAUUCUCGGAAGACUUUGGCACUGAAGGGCGAGGAGGGUACUUUGAUAGCUAUGGUAUUAUCCGAGACAUAAUGCAGAAUCAUCUUCUUCAGAUACUAGCUCUAUUUGCAAUGGAAACUCCUAUUAGCUUGGAAGCAGAGGACAUACGAAAUGAGAAGGUUAAAGUUUUGCGCUCCAUGAAGCCAUUGCGACUAGAAGAUGUGGUAAUAGGACAGUAUAAAAGUCAUACAAAGGGUGGUAUUACAUACCCUGGAUACACUGAAGAUAAGACGGUGCCCAAGGGUAGUCUGACUCCAACAUUUGCUGCAGCUGCGCUUUUUAUAAAUAACGCUAGAUGGGAUGGAGUUCCCUUUCUCAUGAAGGCUGGAAAAGCUUUGCAUACUAAACAGGCUGAGAUUAGAGUACAGUUUCGACAUGUUCCUGGAAAUCUCUACAAGGGGUCUUUUGGAACCGAUCUUGACAGGGCUACUAAUGAACUUGUGAUACGCGUGCAACCAGAUGAAGGAAUUUACCUAAAGAUUAACAACAAGAUUCCUGGUCUUGGUAUGAGACUAGAUAGGAGUAAUCUGAAUCUUCACUAUGCAGCAAGGUACCCCAAGGAGAUACCAGAUGCGUACGAGAGGCUCCUGCUCGACGCGAUAGAAGGAGAGCGAAGGCUCUUCAUCCGGUCGGACGAGCUGGACGCGGCGUGGGAGCUCUUCACGCCCCUCCUGAAGGAGCUGGAGCAGAAGCGGAUGGCCCCCGAGCUAUACCCCUACGGGAGCCGCGGGCCCGUGGGCGCCCACUACCUGGCAGCCAAGUACAAGGUGAGAUGGGGCGACCUGGGUGGCUCGGAACACUAGGAAGAGAGCGUGGUUUCACACGGGAGGUGAUGAUUUCUGUUUUUGGCGUCACAAUUUCUGCAAAAGGCCUUGUGCUGCACGCCCAGCUAGUGGGGGUGGUGCGAGGAACAGAUCUGAAUAAGGGUGAGCGGUUGGCGAUGCUUGUGUUCAUCAAUCGAUCGACCGUGAGUGAGUAUAUUUGUUGGUACCACUGGCUUACAUAUUCUAUGAUUCUUAAGAGGAAGCCCAGAGCAGAAAGCUCAUUCAUCCUGGCUGUUCGUCGGCUCAUUUGGUUGUCUGGCUGGGCCGGGCUGUUGUAUUGGGACUGCUGAUUGUGUAACUGCAAAAGCUGUUACUUCUUUA